GGUCAGCGGUUUUAGAUAAUAUUUCAACUACACAUCAUUUUUGUGUGCAGAUGUUUUGAUGGGACUUCAUUUAACUGUUAUAUGAGAAGAGCAACUGUUACAUUGGUACAGCGUAAAAUUUAUCUUUAUAGGGGGUAAUGACAACUAAUUGGAUUAUUUGUGGGACAUGUGAUUUUCGCCAUAUAACUAAACCAUCAGUAUUUUGGUGUUCCGAAUGUGAAGAAGGCCUAUGUCAUGAGUGCACCGAACAUCAUAGCAUAUCCAAGGCAACUAGGAGGCAUAGUACAGUUUCUGUUAAUGAAUAGAAGAAACUACCAUCUACAAUUCUAGAUAUAGCACAAUCAUGCAAAGAUCACAAUGAAAAGUUCCAAAUAUACUGUAAUAAGCAUGAUUGUCCAUGUUGUAAAAAGUGCAUUGUGGAGACUCACAACGAGUGUACAGAUUUUGUUGAUAUUGACGAUUUCUUAAAAGAUAUAAAAUCUUCAAAUGCGUUCACGGAAAUUGAACACACCUUAGCAGAAAUUUUAAAAAAUAUUAAAAGAAUUCAGAAAGACCGAGAAGAAAAUUUGAAAUCAAUCAAGGAAACAAGAGAAAAUGUCGAGUCUGAAAUAAAACUGACAAAGUUAAAGAUUGUUAGCUAUCUGAACAAACUCCAAGAAGAUAUUUUGACUGAACUAGGCGAAACAGAGGAAUCAGAGAGCAAACUCAUACACAAAUCGUUAAUGUCAUUACAACACAUGGAAAAGGACGUCAUUGAAUACCAAAAUAACAUCGCAAACAUAAAGCAACAUGCAUCAGGCCUUCAGGCAUUCUUGGGCCUUAAACAAAUAGAACAUGAUAUAGAAGAAAAGGAUAAAAUCAUUCAAGCGAUAGUAAAUAAUAAGGACUUUAAUCAUAUUACUCUGUCAUGGAAGAUUAACUCUGGUGUACAAUAUGUCCAGAGCAAUUUGGCAACGUUUGGCAAAAUCGUUGUCGAGUCCAAAUCAAGUGACGUAACUAUUGCAAGGAGAAAAAACGUACAAGCUCAGAUCAUGGUUAUAGCAUCAGCACCGUUAUCUUUAGAUAAAAUAGAACUUAAAUCAAAUAAAAUUGUUUCUUCGAGAGGCAAUGACAUCACUGGAUGUUCCUUGUUUUCAAAUGGUAAAAUGAUAUUUUCGAGUUAUAAAGACAAAAAAGUUGUUGUUCUAAGAAACGACGGGUCAAAACCGGGGAAAAUAAAUUCCGAAUUUCAAACAUUUGAUGUAGAACAGAUAGACGAAAGUUUAAUUGCUAUAACGACUGGCUCUGAAGGUGGUAAAAUAAUAUUUGCAGAUCUAAUAGAGAAGAAAACUAAGAAAAUUAUAGACGUUGGUGUACCAAAUGAUGGAAUGGCAGUCUAUGGUGGUUGGCUUUAUUUCAGUGCAGGGACUAACGGAUUGAUGCGAGUAAACAUAAUUGAUGGAUCGAUUCGUGAGGUACUAUAUAAGCCAAUGUGUGGAAGUGCUUAUAUAGCUGUAUUCGGCAACAAUCUGUACUUCACAAAUAAAUCGGAGAAUACUGUGACAUGCAGUGAUUUGGAGGGAAGCGUCAAGUGGAUAUUUAAAGAUGAAAGAAAUUUGUCUUUUCCUCUCGGCAUCUCUUCGGAUCAUUACGGGAACGUUUAUGUAGUCGGAAACAAAUUUGCUAAUGUUGUUGUUAUCUCGCCGGAUGGAAAAAGAAGCAGAACAAUAUUAACAUCUGCGGAGGGACUUGAUUGUCCUCAGGUUUUACAUUAUAACCGAGAAAAUAAUCAGAUUCUAGUUGCAAAUCGAAACGGUAAUGCUUUUCUUUUCGAUGUAAUGUUCCAAUGAACUGUCAUACUUCAUGUGAUUUUCAUAUUUAAUUUAAUUUGUUUUAUUUACAGAUUUUGCCUUUUAUGAUUUUACUAAUUUUGAAUUUCCAAUUCAUUGAUUAUAAAAAAAAAAAAGUAUGUCUGAUGUCACCAUGAUGUGUUUAGAUUUGAUUUGGUUCAAAUUAAAAUGCACAUUUCAGCAAAGCAAUGAACUAUGUUGCUAUUAUGUUGUCAUAGUGGAAUUCGAACCAUAUACAUCACGCGCAACGGGUUUAAUAUAAGCUACUUGUCCAUUUCAGAUGAAUUGAGAAGUUUAUAGUUUAAAUAGUAAACAAAAAAGCCAAACAAAAUUCUAAUUUAACAACAUGCAAAUCCCCCACCUAUAACCAAUGCAAUGAACUACUUAAAGGGUCGGCGAGCAUAGUUCACAAACAAAAAUCCCGCCCAUGCAAUGUCAUUGGUUUGCUAAGGAAAACUGAUAAAAAAAAAACACUUUAAACUAAAACCCAUGCAAAUAGGAGGUGCAUAAUAGCAUUAUACUGUAAAAUUUCUAAGAUGAUUAUGAUUAAGUGUUUUGGAGAAGCGGAUUUUAAUUUCUACAAUAUAUCGUGCAGAAAUGCCAUCAGAAAGUUAACCCCAAUUUAGUUUUUCAUAUAAAAAAAAUAGAAUUGGACAAAAACACGCCAUAUGAGAAAGUUCUGGGAUAUUCACUAGUAUUCGGGGCAUAAUAUGGGUAACAUCAAUUAUAUGACAGCCACAUCAAUUUGUAAAGAGAAUCUGCAUAAAUCUGACAACAAGGGGUUGAUGAAUAACAUCGUGUGAUACCGUAAGAAUCCUUCAUCAAGACAUUAAGUCGGUAUGUGACCUGUUGAUAUAAGGAAAGAUUGUCGUCAUAUUCAAUUUCAUCACUUUUUUCUUUUAUAUAACGAAACUUAUACAGUACAACCUAUGACAUAUUCUGAUUCUAAUGUCCACCAUCAGGUAUGGUCACCAUCAAAAUAGUGGCCAUUUAUUGGGAAUCAUGAAUAUGGGUUUUUAAUUAUUGGGGUCAUAAAGCAUGGACAAGUGGUCAAUCUUAUUCGGCUACCUGGUCAGUUGAAAUAGAAUUUAUAUAUUGGGAAGCCAAGUGUGUAAAUGAAAUCCUACAUCAAACCUAUACCUGUAGUCGUUAAUUGAUGUUAUCCCUUUUAUCCCUUUUCUAUUUGCCUCCAUGUUUAAUAUCAUUUUGUAUAUGUGCUCGUUCAGCCCGGUAUUACAUCAAAGAAGCAUAUCGAUGUCAAAGUUUCGCUUUUUAUAAGAACGUGUUCGUUGCAGUUGUUACACAUCAGGCAUUCAUGUUGACAUGUCUUACUUCAUUAAUGGAUUUCAACCGAUCUUUGCCAUACACAUGAUACAGUUGACAAGUAAAAGCCUCGAUGUCCAGAAUAACUGAUUCAAGACCGCUACAGAGAUAUUCCAAUUUAUCCUAUUAGUCUGACACAUUCGUUUCUCUUGCAUCACAUUAACAGAUGCUGAUUGUGCUAUGGAAAAAUCUGUAUAUAUCUUAUUCAAUUGCAAGGUAAUAAAUCAUCCUAUUCUAGAACAUCAAAAUAUUAUGUGUAGACAUAAUUUAUAUAAAAAAAACAAAACAAACGUUUUGAAUAAAUUUUUGCAAAACAGCAAAAUAUGAAUAUCUGAAAUUUCCAAAUUUUCAACGCCAAGCGCUGACCAACAUUAUCUCCGAAAUAUUUUAUUGAUUGGAAUAUGAAAACUUGACAUAAAUACAACACAAUAACUCUAACAAUUGCUUAGUUUUAUUGU